UCUUCACGAAAUCAUUGAAUUUGCUGACCAAUUCUAAUGGACAUGUUUUCCUGCUAUAAGUUGCAUAUAUAAGAUUGUUUGGCGAUAAUUCAAACAGUAUUAGCACAGACUAGACACAACACACUCGAAAUUAUGAAGACAAUCGUGGUAUUAGCAACCGUUUUUGCGGCAGCACUCGCUCUUCCUGCCGACACAUACAACCCACGUUACGAUAACUUCAACGCUCAGGAACUGGUAGAUAACGAGCGCCUACUUAAGAGCUACGUAAAAUGCUUCCUGGGAAAAGGACCUUGCACGUCAGAGGGAUCUGACUUCAAAAGGGUAAUUCCUGACGCGCUUCGCACCAAAUGCGCCAAAUGCACGCCAAAACAACGCCAGCUAAUUCGCGUUGUCGUUCAUGGUAUCCAAACUAAGCUGCCUAGUCAAUGGGAUGAGCUUAUUCAGAAGGAAGACCCAACAGGCGAAUACAUCGAAGCUUUUAAACAGUUUCUUAGUGAAUCUCAAAAAUAAAAUAUACUGUUAAUAUGCCGUUUUAACUAAAUUAUAAGCUGGUCAUUAGAAUUGACAUUUUGAAAAUUUAUUUAAAAGAAAAAGUAUUGUUUUAAAACUAAUAAAAAAGAACUAUAAAACAUCACAUAAUUUUAGUACUUAAUAUUAUUUUAUGUAAGUAUUUAUUGACAUGUAAUAAACACUAUUUUUUAAACUUU